GUGUCCUUAGAUUGCAGCAGGACUAAGACCAGCAGAACUGCUACUUGAGUGGCGAGCUUCGGAUUUAGCCUUGCAAAUUAUUUAUUUUGCAUUCUACAGGUCGUACGUAGUCAUGCUCACCAGAGAAGUCAUGUUGUCUGAGUCAGUCCAGAUGGUAGAGAAGCAAUAUGGAGGAAGCAGAAAGCUCUUCGUUUUACCUUGGUAUAUCAAAAACCACAUAUACUGCUGGUGCUCUGGUUGGGUGGCCAGCAGUCAUGGAUCGAUGGUUGCUGGAAUGGGUUUCGAGCAACAAUGUAGGAAUAAAAUGGUGUAGAAAUAUAUGGUAGAAUUAACAAAUGAUUCUUUUAUGGUCUAGUCCCAGCAUUUGGGUGUAUAGAUAGUAGCUGGUGUCGGCUGGUGUCCUGCAUUUUAUGUAGACGUGGUUCUCUAGUUUUGUGCAAAUUAGUAGUUGGGGGUGGGGGGGGGCGGCCGCAUUGGACACAAAAAAACUAAGCAUUUUAUGAAUGAUUACGAGUCUUGACUUCAAAGCAUGGAGGAAGCUCGGAAUGCAUUUUCUAUCAAAUGAAAAGACCCAAAAAAAAAAAAAGGAAAAAAACGUUGUGUGUACAAAUUAUUCUUAGUGCUAUUAUUAUUAUUAUUUUACAGAUAAUUUUAGAGAAGGGGAAGGAGGUCUAGGUAAUUUCCAAUCGCAUGGUGUGUGGUAAGUAUUUGCAGAGGUGAAGAAGUGGAAAUGUGGGGGUCAGCGGGCAGAGGCGGUUGGUUUGGUAAGACACAAGGAUAAGUGAUGAUAGGGGACUUUGGUUUAAAUCUUCAGAAUGAAUGGGUAUAGUUAUAGAAUCAUGGCAUAGGAGUCGAGGAUGAAGAAAACCCAAUUAUUGAGUUAAUACAUUCAACUUUAUAGCACAUGCCAUAUAUAUAUAUAUAAUAUACUCCUUAUUAUUACCAUAAUUAUGAAGAGUUAAAACCUUAAUCUCGUUUAGAGGAUAAUAUGAUAUAUUUAAUAUUGCAUCAUACCAUAUAGUUAAGGUGUGAUUUUUUUCUUUUUAAUAUUAGUAAUAAAAAAAAAUUGUUACCCGGUCGUUACAAACAGAAUGAGUAAUAAUAAUAAUAAUAAUAAUAAUAAUAAAGUGGAAAAAAAAGAAAAAACAAAAAGAACCUUGUACACGAAGGAAAAGGCAAUAAUUUAGAUUAUCGGUCGGCGGUAGUUGUAGCUUUUCUAGUAAGUAAUAUAACUAAUUUGAGGGCGAAAGUAUAGACUCCUCCAACCAUUCUCAAAGUUGGGACAGAGAGAAAGAAAAAGGAGCUAAGGAAGUAAAGCAAGCAUGGCAGGAAAAUCACCGGUGAAAAAAGCAGCCUCCUCUGACUCUACACCCAUCCCCAAUCCCAACCAGUUCAAACCUCCCCAAAUUUCGACCAAAUUCACCAGCCCAGCGGUCAAGUCUGAAAUCUCCUCCAUUCCCACUCCCACUCCCGUUCCCACUCCCACCAGCCGUCCACCUCCAUCUCAACCCUCCUCCAUCGAUGCUGACAUCAUUCACGUUCCCAGCCACUCCCGGUGGUUCUCAUGGGAGAAGAUUGACUCAUGCGAGGUCCGUUUCCUUCCAGAGUUCUUCGACGGUCGCUCGCCUUCCAAAGGCCCUAAUCUUUACAUAUAUUACAGGAACUCCAUCAUCAAGCUAUUCAGGGAAAAUCCUUCCCGGAAGAUUAGCUUCACUGACGCCAGGAGGGCUCUUGUGGGUGACGUUGGUUCCAUUCGAAGGGUUUUCGAUUUCCUUGACGUCUGGGGGCUCAUCAAUUUCUCUGCCUCCUCCGCUCCCUCCAAGCCCACCAAAGAUACUGCCAAUAAUAAUAAGUCCGCAGAUGCCCCUUCUCUUGAAUCUCCUUCUUUUGCUGCCACCACCUCCAAAAACUCCUCUACUUCUAGGAGAUUCUGCGGCGCUUGCAAAUCUCUUUGUACCAUUGCUUGCUUCGUUUGCGACAAGUAUGACUCCACCCUUUGUGCAAGGUGCUAUGUUCGGGGAAACUUUAGGGUUGGUCUCAGCAAUGCUGAUUUUAGGCGGGUAGAGAUCUCUGAUGAAGCCAAGGCGGAUUGGUCGGAAAAAGAGACAUUGCUACUUCUGGAAGCCCUUAUGCAUUAUGGUGAUGACUGGAAGAAGGUUGCACAGCAUGUUGGUGGUAGAACUGACAAGGAUUGCGUCGCCCGAUUUAUUAAGCUUCCUUUUGGGGAGGAAUUUCUUGGUGAUCCAUACUCUAAGGAAACUGAAUCUGUAUUUGAAACUAAUAAAAGGAUGCACCUCACACCUCUUGCUGAUGCAAGCAACCCAAUCAUGGCUCAGGCUGCUUUUCUGUCAGCUUUGGCUGGUGCAGAGGCUGCAGAGGCUGCUGCCCGAGCAGCUGUUACCACUCUAUCUGAGGUGCAUGACACCACUGCUAGCAAAGGGGGUCGUGGAUCUCUUGCAAGAAACAUGAGACGAGACUGGCAUUUGGCCGAGGCAUUAUUUCUUUCUGGUGCAGAAGCAGAUAUUUCAUCCAAUGGUGACACAAACCUAAAUGCACCAGGAAGAACGUAUGUAGAUGUGAAUUCACUGCUUGAGAAGGAAGAAGGAGACAUUGAAAGAGCAAUCAUUGGGAUUACAGAAGUGCAGAUGAAAGAGAUCCAAGAUAAGCUUGUUCACUUUGAGGAGGUGGAUUUGCAGAUGGAGAAAGAGCGGCAACAAUUGGAGGUCAUGAAGAAUCUACUUUUUAUUGACCAGCUCAAUCUUUCAUUUCGUAGAAGUUAUGCACUGGAAAGUGAAGAGCAAGGGGUGGAUAAUGUAAAAGCAGAUGUUUUUUAAUCAUGUUAUCGCCUUCUAUUUUGCCUCUGGAGGCUAUCGGCCUAUGGCCAGUGGAGAAUUUUUUGAAUUUUAAGGAAAUUGCCUGCCCACUAUUUAGAUAUUUAAAUAUUUAUAAAUUUAAAUUAA